GCGCCCGCGAUGACUGCCACUCUCCGCCCCUACCUGAGUGCCGUGCGGGCCACGCUGCAGGCUGCCCUCUGCCUGGAGAACUUCUCUUCCCAGGUCGUGGAACGACACAACAAACCAGAGGUGGAGGUCAGGAGUAGCAAAGAGCUGCUGUUGCAACCUGUGACCAUCAGCAGGAAUGAGAAGGAAAAGGUUCUGAUUGAAGGCUCUAUCAACUCUGUAAGGGUCAGCAUUGCUGUGAAACAGGCUGAUGAGAUCGAGAAGAUUUUAUGCCACAAAUUCAUGCGUUUCAUGAUGAUGCGAGCAGAGAACUUCUUUAUCCUUCGAAGGAAACCAGUGGAGGGGUAUGACAUCAGUUUUCUGAUUACCAACUUCCACACAGAGCAGAUGUACAAACACAAGUUGGUAGACUUUGUGAUCCACUUCAUGGAGGAGAUCGACAAGGAGAUCAGUGAGAUGAAGUUAUCGGUCAAUGCCCGAGCUCGCAUUGUGGCUGAAGAGUUCCUCAAGAAUUUUUAAACCAUCUGGCUGGAUCUCGUGGCCUUCCCCCUCAGCCUCCCCCGUGUCUCUGCGAAGGCGUCCUGGAGUUAUUUCCUGGAGCAACAGAAGCAGUGGGAGCUGGGAGCUGGGUCCGGGUGGGCAUUAGAUAAGGGAGGAGGGUAGUGUGCUUGCUAGCUGGGCAAGAAAGCAGCAAUGGACCUGCCCCAAGGCUACACGU